CAUCUUUAUCAAGAGAUAAUUAUGAUAAUUCUGAAGAUAUUCUAUUAGAUAAUCUACAAGUUAAACAAAUUCCAUUACAAAACAAUAAUGAUAACCAAAUUUUAGCAAUAUUUAAUAAAAUAGAUAAUAUCUUAGAA